CUUCCUGUUCCCUGAGCAGGAGGACGAGGACCGAACCGGACUCCUGCUGCUGGAGGACAAAGAUGAAGAGGAGGCAAAGGAGUCUGAGGAUGAGGGUGGAAUGCGGCAGGAGGUGCAGGCCGAGAAGAAAGCGGCGUGGGUGGACGAGGAUGACGAGCUGGAGGAAGAGGUGGACAUGAAGCACCGUUUCCGUAGAAACCUGAUGAAAGGCGAGGCGGAGUCCGCCAUGACCAAACAGAAACUGCAGCAGAGGAUGAGGGAGCAGUUCCAGAAGGCGAUGGGAGGAACUCCAUCAUGGGCGGAGAGCAGCGACCAGAAGAGGAGGAGGAGGAGGAGAGAUGAGGAGGAUGAAGAUGAGGAGGAUGAAGAUGAGGAGGACGACCUGCUGAGGAGGACGGGAAACUUUGUGGCGUCCUCGGACAGCCUGCCCAGCGGCAUCCUGAGGGUGAAGAAGUGUCUCCACGCCAACAGCGCCCGUCCGUCUGAGGACAGGCUGACCACCGUCCAGUUCCACCCCAGCGCUCAAGUCGUCAUGACGGCCGGCCUCGACCAGUCCGUCUCCCUGUUCCAGGUGGACGGGAAGACGAACCCGAAGAUCCAGAGCAUCCACCUGGAGCGCUUCCCCGUCCACAAGGCGCAGUUCAGCGUGGACGGAGAGACGGUGAUCGCCACCAGCCUCAAGAACAAGAUGUUCUACCUGUACGACAUGAUGGAGGGCCGCGUCUCACCUGUGCACACCGUCAGAGGUCUGAAUGAAGCUCGAGUGAAGGAGUUCUCCGUGUGUCCUGAAGGAGGCGCUCUGCUGCUCACAGGCACCAACGGAUACCUGCACGUCCUCACCCUCAAGGUAACUCCUCCCCCUUGCCCCUCCCCUCUGCUCCUGAUUCCUCCUGAUAACUCAAGCUGUGUCCCAAUCCAGCAGCCGCACACUUCACAGUACCCUCACUUCGCAGACUACGUGGGGCGG